CUAUCAACUUGCAGGUGUGAAAGGAACGUUUCUAUCGUUACUCUCUGCUAAAGCAGUUCUUCUUUCAGCUCGUGAAAAGUUUUGGAUGAUGAUGAUGAGUCCUGUUUACAUGGCUAUGUUGAUGACAGUAUAUUAUUCAACAAUUCACUCGAUGCGCAUUUCUCAACUGUCACAAGAUAAUGUGAAUUUUUAUCCGGAGAGCAGAAGUGUAGAUGACAGGACGAAGCUACAACAAAGCACAGAUUUAUACAGAAGGAAAAUAGUGCGGUCAUACGUCAAAGAUAUUAUAACACACAAUUUCGAUGUUAAAAAGGAAUUAGAAGAAAUAUUGGAUGUCAACAAUGGUCCACCAAAGGAUCGUGGCAUCUGGGGAAAGCGUUCCUUAUUUGUAAACUAGUUUUAUUUUUAGCCUCGUUCCCAGGGUUUUCUUGCGAAGGUUAAGUCUUAAUCGAUAACUAAAAAAAGCACUGGGAACAAGGCUUGUUGUUUUCAUAUCAAUAAUGGUAGAUAUAUAUUUCAAAACACAUUCUUUAUCAAAAAUGGCGGCGAAAACAGUCAAAUAUAUGUUUUUCCAUCGCAA